UUGAAUAACUUAAAACCGAGUUCCUGUUUCCCCUGCAGAACUGUAGGUUUUUGUAGUCUGUGACUGUCUGGGAUUUUUAGCUUGAUACACAGCAACUAAAGAAGUGACUUUCUUUACGCAGGGAGCAGAGUAUAUAUUUAAAAAGAGUUAUUUCCUCCUAACAGUAAUUAUAUUUCAUCUCACUAUUCACUGUGAAAGCCUCAGCCAGUUGCAUCUGUGGAACAUUUCUUUGCAGAGGUUGCCAUUUCAAUCUUCAUAAAAAAGGAAUUAGCUUUACACAGAAGGAUGAUUUCUCACAACAUGACAUGGAUAAGAUAUCCAAGCCGGAGCUUUGACCCAUCCAUCGAAAUAGAAGACCUCAUAGUUUCUCAAAAUGUCAUAUCAAGAUUUAUGCACUGCUACAUUGCCUUCUUUGUACCAACAGGUUUAACAGCUGGCAUAUUUAUCCUGACCAUCUUCAUAAAGAACUAUUUGCGGCAUAGUGUCUUGGAAAAAUUAGACAUAUUUCUUUUUUAUUUCACCAUCAGCAAUAUUGUAAUGAUAUUUUUUUCAUUUACUGUCAUAACUAGACCUCACUAUUUAAUGGCAACCCACUUAGGGUGUGGAGCGCUGUCGUUUUUUUUCAAUGUGAGUUAUUUCAAUUCUCAAUAUCUUCUAAUUUUGAUGCUUCUUGCUUUUUUACUCAAUAGAUUCCCACCAAGGACUGUUUUGAUGACCAAAGCAACUCAAAGUCCAAUGUUAUGUGUUGGAUUUGUAUUAACAUGUGCCUUCUGCAUAUCACUGGUAGUGGUGGCAUUGCUAGGCACAGAUAGCUACCACAAAGAAACAGACUGCCAGUUAGAUCCAUUAUUCGCAUGGCCUGAAUAUGAGAUUAUUAAAUUCAGCUUUGGGUUUGGAAUUCCAUUGUUUUUCCAGAUACUCUGUUUUAUUCUAUUUUUUGUUAAAGCAGCACAACCAGAAGCUCCAACCCUAAGAGAGAAUAUUCGAACUUAUCUGGCUGUGCUGACUAUAACCAUAACAAUGUUUGUAUGCCGUCUGUUUUACAACAUCAUGAUUCUCUCCAGGACCACAUUAAAGAUACACAAAAACAUUGGAACUCCCAAGAAUGAGCUAAUGAUGAAUAUUGCUGAGAUAGUCUUGUUUAGUGAGAACUGCAUUAGUUUGAUAUUCAUACUUUGUCUUCAUAAACCAUGCCAGGCUGGAAUACUGAAAAUCCUAAUGAAUCUCACAAAAGUCUGCAGAAAAGAUACUAUCAACAAUCGUCCUGAAAUGCCAGUAACAGAGAUACGUGGUGAAAAUGGGUCUCACUGACUUCCCUCCCCCCACAAAGUAUUGAAACUUUUUCACUUGUUUUAUCAAGAACUGUCCAUCUGUUUUGGCCCAACACUAGACCUACUUUACAAAUAUCUGAAGACAAAUGUUGUUUGGGACCUACCGUCAAGGAUUUUAAAAUGAAAAGAACUGGUUUAUGUUGGAAUUUCUCUAAACCAAAACAAAAAGUCUAACGUCUGCCAGAACAGCAUGCUUUCUUGAUGACUUCAAUGCACAAGCACGGAACUAAACAAAAGCACAGCAAAAGCAUCUUUACCAAAGACAAAAUCAGGAGGGAAAGACAUUCUGGUUUCACAAUGGUAUUUCCAUGCAACUGGAAUUUAGUGUACUAGAGACUGACAAUAUUUAUCUAUUACACAAAUAAUGGCUAAUUCGAAGGGCCAUAGCAGUAAAAUAUGGCCCAAGAGUGAAAAAUGUCUUGAAACUGUGAUAUUGGCAGAACUGCGAUAUAUUGUACAGUAUUCCAUAAUUUAAAAAAAUACUGUGUGAACCUGAGAACAUUCUCUCCCCUCUCUCCACCCUCCCUCUUGGAGCCCGUCAGGGGAUUUUUUGCCUUCAUUUCCCUUGUGGACAUAGCAGUCUUUUGAGAGAGAUGGAUCCAUUUAGCUCCAUCCAGAUUAUAAAGGAGGUGAGAGUGUCUCUUUGAGCAAGAGGAAAAUAAAGGCCUAGGGUAGUGAAGGCCCUGGAGGUGAAGCCUCUAGGAAGAGUGAAUCUUAGCAUAAGGUGUUUAAAAAAACAAAACAAUUAUAAAUAAAGGUAGAUCCCAAGAGGGGAGAGUUUGGACUCUAAUGCGGGUUCUGUGUACUCUGCUGAGAACAGGGUAGGGACUAGCAUUUGGUCCUAGAGUUGGGAUACCCUAAUACCCACUGCACAAAGAGGGAAAAUGGAAGAAAUUCUGAUAUGGAGGGUAGAACAGCAACUACACUAUCAGCCAGUUCAGAAAGCCCCCUUGCAGCAUCAGCACAGGCUGAAGUCCAAUAACUACUAGUUUCAGAUGCAAAUGAGGCUUACCUGGUUUCUUCUGAGUGGGGAGUUACUGCAGUUCAGUGGGACAAGGAAUCAUGAACUAUACAUUUAAUCUCCCUUGCCCCUUUUUCUGACACGGCAGUGCAAGCUUCAUACAAGGCUUUGGACAGGCAUGCGGCCAUAGGUUACAAGACUAUAAGGACUUAUUUUGGACUGACUGGGAGGUCUCAUAGGAGACUUACCAGCAGAGGUUUUGAAGUGAGCUCUUUCUGUCAGGGGUGCAACCCCAUACCUUUGCUCAGUAUUUGAUGGCUUGGGAACUCACCGGCUCAGGCAUAAUACCCAGAUGGUCAGGGAACAGUUGGAUUUUAUAACAGUGGAACAGUGCUUGGAAAGUCUGCCUGAGAGGGUGAAGGCUUGUGUGGACAGCUGGUGUCAGUGCACCCUGGUACAGGCACACAAAGAGGACUAACUGGAAGUUAAGCCACUAGAGAUAACCACUGUCCUGUCCUAAAAAUAAAGGAGGACAUCCAGCUGGACAGAUGGUAGAACUUCCACAUAGAAGAACAAGGGAGGAACCAAAAAGGAUGCUUGCCCAGAAGCCCAUAAAGAUCCAACACCUUUGACCUAUUGUCAAUUUCCAGAGUGGCCAACUUGCACAUAUAAAAAAGUCCUGCUGUUUCUGGAGCGUGACUACAUGGAGAUAUGUGGUCUCACUAAAGCCACAAGGAGCGGGCUUCUGACAGGAACACAGUGCCAAUACAACUAGAAGGGGGACAGAACAAGACCUCAGAGAUUUGGGAGUGACCAAACGUAAGUUAGGAGGUCUUUGUCAAGAGUGAGAUACUACACUUGUGUCAGCAUGCGACUCCUGGACAGAAUCCAUGACUUUUGUUUCCCUAUUUGGGAGUCAUAUGAAUUGACUCUGUCCCCCUUAUUACCAUGGCCUUCUUGCCAGGAGGGGAGACUAAAGCAUUUCCCUGGAAUCCAGAGCACAUACUGGGCCCUUGCUAAUGGUCAUGACAAGGAAAACACCAUAGGCAGUGAGGCGACUGGGUUCAGUGGCAGCAACAUGAGAUUGGGAAUUGGGUCCUGCAUGGGUUGAACAGGAGAAAAUGAAGGUGAGCCCAGGGAGGGGCUGGAAGGUAUGUAAUAGGGUGGUGGACUAAAACCCCUUAUUGGAAUAUAUACGUCAUCCUAGGAUCAGGUGCUCGACGCUUCCAUUAAGAUUCAGGGUAAUCACUGCUGGGACAUAAUAGCAGGAAGGUCCAUUUAGUUCCAAACAGGAUACAAGGGGGUGGGAGUGUCACUAGAAAGAACUGGGACAGAAUUGGUCCUGUAGGAACAGCCAAGGGAGGGAAAGAAACUUCAGCUAAGGUUUAUAUGGUUAUGUUUUUUAAAGUUAUCACUUUAUCACUACGGGAUAAAGGCUGAACCUAUUUACCAAAACGGUAGUGUGCACUUUCCUUCCCUUACCAGCAACAGCUCUGUUAGCCACCCUUUCUCCUGCCAGACUCGCCUAAUUUGCUGAGAAAUAGUCCACAUUUAUUUCUGGCCAUAUCACCAAAAAUUAACCAAUGGCAUUAAUUAAAAAAAGUCAAGAGUGGAUACUACAUGAAAUAUGUACAUAUGCUCCUAGGCACCCAGUUUGCUCUGGAAAAAGCCUUUGUCUUUCAUUGUAAUGCAAGAGAUAUAGGCUGCUGAUUGCUGGGGUGUUUGGGUGUGAAUUUUAGUGCUGAUGAAAUACAUUGGAAUGGCAGCGCUAGAGGCUAAGGACUUGCCUUCACUGCAACAUUUAGCUCAAAUUAGUACAUGCAAGUUACUCAACUCAAACUAGCCACUGGAGCUCCAGAGUGACUUAAUUAUAAGCACAAAAUGACUGGAUUAGCAGUUGCCUGAUUCAAGAUGCUGCAUCCCCUAUUACAUUCCUAAAGUCAGCAGCACUGGAGCUUCAGAUCACACCUAUUGAUGGAAUAGCUGGAUCAAAAGUACCACUUAAUUUAGUUUAGAGAUUUUUAAAUCUGGGCAUGAGUUGUGUUGGAGGCAAAACGUGAAUUACACUACAAGCUAACAAGGCAGCAAGGAUGAGCCCUGAAGCCCUCUAUAUAGUCACAGAACACAUAAACCUCAGACACUAACAACGAAGAUUUCCCCACAAUGUCCUGCCAAUAAGACUAAACCUGACCUGGAACGAAAGGAUAGGUGAAAGGAUAGGUUUUACCCUUGAUUCCUUAGUUUUAGGCACUGAUUUGCCAACAAUGGGGCCAAUUAAUGCCAAUUGUGUUGGUGGGUUUUAUGUGGACACAUGUCCUCAGACCUGGGACAUGUCUGAGAAAUGAGACUGAUGUACCCAGCAAAGGCUGCCAGGCUCAACUGGGAUUUCCAGAAAGCACUGCUGUUUCUUUGGACGGUGGAUUGGGUUAGUUUUUUAAUUUCUUAUUCUAUUUUUAUACUGAUUGCAAUGUGAAAUGGAUGAUUAGUUAUAGAGUUCUAAUGUUGUGUGUCUUUUUUCUUGAAGUUUAAAAAUCUAGGAUACUAAACCCAGUUUUUUGU